AUGGUGGACGAAGAUCCUUUCCUAUUCAUGGAGCUGCCCGGCGCAGAGAUCCGCAACAUGAUUUACCGAUACUGCGCGGACAUGUCUACGAGGCAGGCGCUCGUCGUCUACCUGCCGAAGACGGGCACGUUACGCCCUAGCACCCGACAGGUCCGAGCUGCUCCCGGAAAGUAUCGCGAGCUCGACAACUCAGAAAAGAAGAAGAGAGGACGGAAGGGGACACCCGAAGAGGUUGCUCCCGCUCUGGUUGCGCCAAAGGAGUCCAACCGACCAUUCUUUGGUUUGACCCAGGUCUGCCAGCAAAUCCGCAAGGAGUUCUAUCCUGUGUACAUUGCAAAUCAGGAGAUUGGCAUGGAUUUAACCAACACGUCCAAGUACAUGGAAACAUUCUUCAACCCGGAUGUUCCUCUCCUCUACGCAGACGCACUGGACCCGAACGGCAAGAACAUGCCCUUUCGUGGCAACAUUACGAUUGCGGUAGCUAGGAGGAUUCUGCCAAUUGAGAAGACGGCCGGUUGGAUUGAUGCCCUUCCCCUCCUGAAUACUUGGGCCAACUCGGCUCACAUUGAGGCUGGCUUCGGACGUUACUCUCGGCAUGACUACCGUCCCCAAGCAGAUGGCGAAGCCAAGGAUUUGUACCGUCUAUAUGGCCGCAAGGUGCUUCCGGACCGCUCCUGCACCGAGAUGAACAAGCUGUGGCGCAUCAUCUUACGCCAGCGCAAGCUGGCCGCUGUCCGAAUCCAUCGCGAGCCAGGUGGUCAGGACAAGCCCCAUUUCCACCUCAUCUGGAAGCAUGCGCACCGCGAGUCAUGGAUGACAGGCAAGAAUUCCGUUAUCCCCGGCACCGUGGACGGCCGCGCUACGGUCGGUAGCUGGCUGUGGAACCUUGGCUUCGAUGAGAUGGAGCACUUUGAGGUACGCGUCGGAGCUGAGCAGCGCCCCGGAGAGUUUCUCUUCAUCAACUAGAUGUAGCUGCGCGUUGGACCGUUCUGCCUGGAUGACUCUUCGAAGAAGUGCCCUCGCCGCGACCUCAGCCUUACCUGCCACCACCGUUGCGCGACCUUGUCUGGGUGUUGAAGACAACCAGUGGCCGAAGACGCUAGCUGCUUGCGGUUGUUGAUGUGGGCUUUGAUCCAGGAGAGGGUGCGACGGAGUGU